AUGAAGCCCUACAUCGUCCUUGUUCCUGGCGCUUGGCACUCGGCGGACUGCUACGACUACUUGCUUCCACAUCUCCAGAGUGCAGGCUACGAGACCCUGGCACUAACACUCCCCUCAGUCGGCGCAGAGCCACCCAUCAAAUCACUCGAUCCCGAUGUUGACCACAUCCGCAGCCAUCUCAUUCCCCUGCUGGACCAAGGUAAGGAAGUUGUCCUGGUCAUGCACUCCUACGGAGGAAUCCCUGGCAGCUCCGCCGUCAAAGGCCUCUCCAAGACAGAUCGCCAAGCUGAGGGCCAUGCUGGCGGAGUGGCAGCCCUGGUGUAUCUGUGUGCCUGGAUGAUCAACGAGGGCAACACGACUCGUUCUUCUGGCGGCGGCAGAGGCGGCAAGAUUGGACCGUCGUCGCUGAAGAUCGAGGAUGACAAAGUAACGCAUCUGAUGCCAGUCCCCGCAUUCUACCACGAUGUGCCGCAGGACAUCGCAGAAGCGGCGGCCGAUAAGCUGCGGCACCACAGCGAGCCAACACUGACGUCGCCGUGCCAGUACAGCGCGCACAAGUAUAUUCCGACUACGUACCUGCUGUGCAAGAACGAUCAGAUGAUUCCGUAUGAGAGGCAGCUGGCGCUGGUGGAGAGUGCUGAUGCGCCACUCACAACCUUCACUUGUGACGCAUCACAUUCGCCAUUCUUGAGUCAGCCUGAGCUUACGGCAAAGGUCAUCAGGCAUGCCAGCGGUGAAGAGGUCGAGGUUUGA